CUCACUGAGAAGGGACAAGAACUCGAAGAGACUAAACUCAAAGGUCUCCAACAUCGUUUCUCACGUACCUAUGACAAGUGGAAGAUUCUUGCUAAGAAAUCAAGGAAGGAGAUAGAGGGAGCCUCUUCUCAAGAGAACCUACAAACUCUCAUCAACAAGAUAAAAGAAGCAUCAAAUGAUGUACAGCAGGCGUACGAAGACCUGCGCAAAUGCAUAAUCCCUGAUAAAGAGACACGCCGUCGAACAGACACCUGCGACACUGUCUCAAGGCAGAUAUUAGAGCAUGCUUGGAACCAUCUCCAAGACAAAGAUAACGAGCAAGAAAUAGAGUGGUUUGAGACUGGCUCUGUGUUCUCAUUAGAAGUAUCAGAAGCAUGCAGUGCAAGCUCAAGAUCAUCACUCUCAAGUAGAUCCUCAUGUAAAUCUUCAAAAAUAAGUGAAGCUGCAGCAGAAUUAGCAGCAAAUGAAGCCACUUUGGAAGUCCAAGAGCAAGUGGAGCGUGAGGAACGUGAACUCAGAAACCUAGAAGCUGAGUACAGACAAAGGCUUGCACAACAAGAAGAAGAAUGUGCUGCAAAUAAACAGGUCUUGGAAGAAAGGCGCAGAAAGAUAGAACGCUUAGAGACCAUAAAAAAGAUGAAUGCCGCCAAGGCCAAACUAGAAGUGUAUAAACAAGAACAAGGCUCAACCUCAGACUUGCUGGAUCUAUUCAAGGAUUAUAAGCCCAAACGAGAAAGGCUUACAUUCGACUCAAAACCUGCUGUCACGCCACAACUAAUCACAAGGAUGCAAUCUUCUAUAACUACUCCCAAAGAGGAUAGCACAACUGAUUUCGCCAAGGUACUAGCAGAGUCCUUCAGUGUAAGCCGUCUCCCAGCACCAGAGCCUGCUGUUUUCAGUGGAGAUCCACUAAAGUACAAGGGCUGGAAAAUGUCUUUUCAAACGCUGAUAGGCAGAAAGAAUAUACCAGCGAACGAAAAAAUCUACUACCUACAAAAAUAUGUUGGUGGACCAGCAAGGAAAGCCAUUGAGGGAUACUUCCUUCUGGGAACAGAUGCAGCCUAUCAGACAGCGCUCGAUGUCCUGGAAAAAAGAUAUGGAAGCUCCUUUAUGGUUGCUAAGGCUUUCAGAGAUAAGCUGGCCUCAUGGCCAAACAUAGGACCCAAGGAAAGCAUUCAGCUACGAGAGUUCUCAGACUUCCUUCAAGGCUGUCAAGCAGCCAUGUCGCAAAUAAAGAGCCUGGAGGUCCUUAACGACUGUGGUGAAAACCAACGAAUGCUCUCCAAGCUCCCCGACUGGCUUACAGCAAGAUGGAACCGAAGGGUGACCAGGAUGGAAAAGGAAAAUGAGACUUUCCCCAGCUUCGAUCAGUUCGUGGAAUUCGUCACAGAGGAAGCCGAUAUAGCUUGUAAUCCGAUUACCUCCCUUCACGCUCUGAAGUCUGGAGAUGGUGGAAAGGAGAAGCCACAAAAAACACGAAGUGUUGGUGCUAAGGUGCUAGCAAGUAGCUCUGAAGAGAAAACAGAUGCUAAAGGAUGUGUAUUCUGUGAGAAGUCAAAUCAUGGCUUACAGACAUGUCGAAAGUUCUUGAAAGAGACAACUGCAGAACGAGUCAAGUUUGUGAAAACAAACAAGCUCUGCUUUGGAUGUUUGAAAUCAGGACAUCAGUCCAAGAACUGUGAGAAGAGAAGCAUUUGUGAGACAUGCAAAAGGAAGCAUCCAACAUGUCUACAUGAAAAUCGUCCAAGGGAAGACGAUAGGAAAGAACAAGAGGAUGGCGAAAGAAAGGAGAGUGGGAGACGCUUUAAGAAAAAGGAAGACUUAUCAGAGUCUGAAGAGAAAGAAGAGACACCAGUAGAGGCAACAGCUAACAGAGUGGUGCAAGACAAGAGGAGCACCUAUUCCUCCACAGUUGUUCCUGUAUGGCUGUCCACAGCAAGUAAUCCAGAGCAGGAAGUGCGCGUAUACGCUCUAUUGGACAACCAAAGCGACACCACCUUCAUCCUGCAAGAAACGGCAGAAGUGUUAGUUACAGAGAAACAGCCUGUGCAAUUAAAGCUCUCCACGAUGUCAUCCAAAGAUACCGUCAUCCAGAGUCAGAAGUUAACUGGACUGCAGGUCAGAGGUUAUAAUGAGACAAGGAAAAUAUCUCUCCCAGUAACCUACACAAGAGAGUUUAUUCCUGCAAACCUAAGUCAUGUCCCCAUACCUGAGACAGCAAGAUCAUGGCCUCACCUAGAGCACCUUGCUGGAGAGAUCACUCCUUUAUGUGACUGUGAGAUUGGCCUGCUCAUAGGCUACAACUGUUCUCAGGCCCUGUUGCCCAGAGAAGUGGUGUCAGGAAAGGAUAAUGAGCCUUUCGCUCAACGAACAGACUUGGGCUGGAGUAUAGUUGGCUGUGCAGAUCCCUGCGUCGAUUAUGGAGAUGCAAUUGGAAGCAGCCACAGGAUCGUUGUGAAACAAGUCAUCACACCACCAGAAGUCAUUAAGGCACUCGAAUCAGACUUCAACGAAAGAAUAGCCGAAGAUGCUCAUAUCUCACAGGAAGAUCUACGUUUUCUAUCCAUAAUGGAGGAAGGAAUCAAAGCGAAGCCAGACGGACGUUGCGAAAUGCCUCUCCCAUUUAAAGAAGAAAGGCCAAGCCUGCCACAGAACAGAAUCUGUGCAGAUCACCGUCUCAAGUGUCUCAGAAAGAGAUUGGAGAGGGACGAGCAAUAUCGGAAGGACUACAAGACCUUCAUGAGUGAGAUGAUUGCACGCGGAGAUGCAGAGAAAGUCACAGAAGAACAACUUGACAAAAGCCCGUCCUGGUACAUUCCUCAUCACGGGGUGUAUCACCCUCAUAAACCUGGGAAGAUACGGGUCGUGUUCGACUGCUCAGCCAAGUACCAAGGCAUGUCACUGAAUGACCACCUGCUUACCGGACCGGAACUGACAAACACCUUGGUAGGCGUGCUCUGUCGCUUUCGCAAGGGUCCAGUAGCGAUCAUGUGUGAUGUGGAACGCAUGUUCCAUCAGUUUCAUGUCAGACCAGAGGACAGAGACUAUUUGAGGUUUCUGUGGUGGGAAGACGGCGACCUACAGUCAGAACCAGCGGUCUACCGCAUGAAAGUACACCUGUUUGGGGCGGCCUCAUCACCCGGCUGCGCAAACUAUGGCCUCAAACACAUCGCUGCACAAGGACAAGGUCACUUCAAAGAAACAUCCAUUAGAUUCAUAGAAAGAAACUUCUAUGUGGAUGAUGGACUAACAAGUGUGACAACUGAAGAAGAAGCAAUACAGUUAGUCGCUGAAGCAAGAGAAAUCUGCAGUAAUGGCAAGCUGCGAAUUCACAAGUUCAUCUCCAAUCGCCAGAAAGUACUUGCAUCGAUUCCCAAAGAAGAGUGUGCUGAAAUAGUACGUAAUCAAGAUUUAGCCAAAGGCGAGCCGCAGAUUGAGAGGGCUCUGGGUGUCGAGUGGUGUGUUGCCUCCGACCAGUUCCAAUUCAGAGUAGUGGUCAAAGAGCGUCCGCUCUCUAGAAGAGGAGUGUUGUCGAUGGUAGCCUCUAUUUUUGACCCACUCGGGUUUGUAGCACCUUUCAUUCUCGUUGGAAAACAAAUACUACAGCAGAUGUGCCGUGACAAGAUCGGAUGGGAUGAGCCUUUACCUGCUGAUUUACGGCCACAAUGGGAAUCUUGGUUCCUAGACCUACAGAACCUCGCUGACAUCAAGAUUCAACGAUGCUACCUACCAGACAGUUUCAAAGAGGUCCAAAGAUAUGAACUUCAUCAUUUCUCAGAUGCAAGUGUCACAGGCUACGGAGAGUGUUCUUACCUGAGAGCAAUAGACACAUCCGGACAAAUCCACUGUUCCUUGGUCAUGGCCAAGGCAAGAGUUGCCCCCACGAAGGUAACUACAGUGCCAAGACUUGAGCUGUCCGCAGCUGUUGUUGCUGUGCGGACUAGCGACCUGCUGAAAAGGGAGUUGGAAUUAGAAGAUGCUCAGGAAAUCUUUUGGACAGACUCAAAGGUCGUGCUUGGAUAUAUCAACAACGACGCCAGAAGAUUUCAUGUAUUCGUGGCCAACCGCAUUCAGCGAAUCAAGAACAGUACCAAGCCCAGUCAAUGGAGAUAUGUGGCUUCAGAAGAAAACCCUGCAGACCACGCAUCAAGGGGUCUCAGGGCAAAAGAGCUCAUCGAGUCUAACUGGUUUACUGGCCCCGAAUUUCUCUGGCGUGAAGAACUUCCCAGCGGAGACAUCAAGGUGGGAGAGAUGUUAGCAGAAGACACUGAAGUUCGAAAGGCCUUCGUGGGCAAGACCUUGACGACGGAAGACUCACUGCUUGAUCGCUUCCAGAAGUUCUCCAGCUGGAUGAUGUUAGUCAAAGCCAUCGCUAGACUCAAACGACGUGUCAAAGAGCUCAAGGGUCUGACAGAAAGAAUCAAUGAAGCCACGAGUCUCGAAGAAAGAAAAGAAGCAGAAAUCACGAUCAUAGGCAUUGUCCAAAGAGAAACCUUAUCAAAGGAUAUACAAGGUCUUCAAACUAAGAAGGACAUAAGCAAGGACAACAGACUAUCCAAACUAAACCCUUACCUGGACCAGCAAGGUAUCCUAAGGGUGGGAGGUCGACUGGAACGUGCUGCACUGCAUCGACACAUCAAGCAUCCAGCAGUCUUGCCUAAGAACAGCCACAUAACAACACUACUGAUCCAGCACUACCACCAAAGGGUGCAGCAUCAAGGACGUGGCAUAACAAUGAAUGAGCUACGAUCAAACGGAAUCUGGAUACUUGGAUGCAGUCAAGCGGUGUCAUCCUACAUCUACAAGUGUGUCAAGUGUAGAAAGUUCAGAAGGUGUACGGAGAACCAACGAAUGGCAGACUUACCCCAUGAACGGAUGGAGACCACUCCUCCCUUUACCUAUUGUGGGAUGGAUUGUUUUGGUCCUUUCUACGUCAAGGAAGGAAGAAAGGAGUUAAAGCGCUACGGUCUGCUACUCACCUGUUUGUGUUCUCGCGCCGUACACAUAGAGCUACUUGAUGACAUGACUACUGACGCUUUUAUCAAUGCGCUCCGCGCAUUCAUCGCUCUACGAGGAAAUGUUCGACAACUUCGAUCAGACCAAGGUACGAACUUUGUGGGUGCGAGACGCGAGUUCCUUGAAGCUGUAAAAGAGAUGGAUCAAGAGAGCCUAAAAGAACUUGGCUGUGAGUUUGUGAUGAACACUCCUUCUGCAAGCCACAUGGGCGGCGCCUGGGAAAGGCACAUCAGGACCAUUAGGAGUGUGCUGACAUCCAUCCUGGAUCAGUCUUCUCGAAGACUGGAUAGCUCAUCUUUGAGGACUUACCUGUACGAGGUAAUGGCAAUCAUAAACAGCAGACCUCUAACUACUCACCUUCUCAAUUAUCCCACAGGGCCACAGCCUCUAACGCCUAAUCACAUUUUGACGAUGAAAUCCUCGAUAGUCCUGUCUCCUCCUGGAAAGUUUGUGAAGGAAGACCUGUACUUACGGAAAAGAUGGCGUAGAGUGCAAUACUUAACUGAAGAAUUCUGGUCCCGAUGGAAGAAAGAGUACCUGUUGAAUCUACAACAGAGAGAAAAAUGGAACAAGACGAAGAGAAAUGCAAAGAUCAAUGACAUAGUGAUUAUAAAGGAUGAAAGUACACCAAGAAAUGAAUGGAAGCUGGCUAAGGUCACACAAGUGUACCCAAGUGAAGAUGGUCAUGUGAGGAAGAUACAGUUAUUGAUCAGCGACUCAGAACUAAAUGACACUGGAAAACGAGUCAACAAGCAAACCUACCUGGAGAGACCUAUACAUAAGACUGUGACCUUGCUUGAAGCAGAAUGAGGACCUCCAGUCUACCCUCUCUAGAGCUCCCCUCCCUAGCGCCAGCUAGCUUAUGACCUAAUCCUUAGUUAUAGUUACCUUAAUUAUACUUACCUCAGUUAUACUUACCCUUUUUCACUUAGUCCUACUCAUCUCAGAUAGUUGAAGAAAAUCACAAGUGAUUUGGUGGGAGUGUAGCUGCCAUAAGAAAAUGCACUGAUAUGUAACGUUUUGAGCUAAGCUCUGUUUCCAAGUGGGAACCAAUUUUAGUUUUUGUGUUAGCGGUUCCUUUUUGUGAGUUACACAAGGGCGAGUGUGUCUGAUUUUGAGCCACCGGGUGGCGACGUUUCCGUUUGCAUAAGCAAGUGAUGAAGAAGGCAAGGAAUGCUUAUUUAGUUUCCUUUCUGAUAGCAUUUUUGUUUAUUGGUGAAACCGGAGUUUUGAAGACCUGUAUUGUCAAGAUUUACGUUUUUCUUCGUUUUCUCCCUCGAGCAAAUGCGGCAAUGAGUUCUCACGGCAUGUGUGUGGAGAAGGAGUUUAAUAAAUGCCCGUUUUGA